AAUAAUGUAAUCAACCUAAUGUUAACUCAUAAAAGCAAAUUAUACAUUGAUAAAUAAAUUGUGAAGUCUCUCACGCAGAAGAAGCAAAGAUCGGUCUUUUCAACAGUCAGUGAGUGGUGAAAGAAAACAAAAGAGGUUUAACUAUGGUGAUGGUGACGACUCAUCUUCGUUUCACUCUUCUUCUCGCCGUCAUCGGGAUCUUCUUCUCCUCUUCUCAGGUUCGCGCAGCCAUUGUCAGGAUCAAACCAUUCUCCUCGCCUUUCGCUACCAAUCUUGCAACGCUGCAAUCUCAAAUUGGCUACAACUUCACCAACAUCAACCUCCUUCGCCGUGCCAUGACUCAUGCUUCCUUCUCUCGAGAGAACAACAAAGCCCUCAGUAUCUUUGGGUUCCAUCUCAUUGAAACCUCUGUUUCCCUUCAGCUUCUCUCCAAAGAUAUCGAUACCUCCUCCAAAGCCUUGACCCGUUUGAUAGCAGAGGUUUCAAAUGUGGAAUCCUCGUGUGCUCUUGAUGGGAACCGGUUGGGUUUGGAGAGGGUUAUCAGGGUUUCUCCCAAGACUGAUGCGUCCAACUCGGGGAUCGUUUGUGGUGGGUUCAGGGCAAUCUUUGGAGCUGUUGCUACUGAUUCUGGAACGGUUGAUGAGGCUAUUAAGGUUUUCUGGAAAGUACAUGGAGCUGGAGCUGCAAGACUUGUGUCUGUGCUGUAAAUUAGUGUAUGGUAGUAGUUUGCUUCCGAUGGUAAAAGUUCCAAGAGACUCGUCUUUAAGGCUUAUAUCUGUCUCUCUUUUUUUUUCUCUCGUGUUGUGUGAUGAGUCAGUCACUCAGAGUGACCGAUGACCAAACAUAAUAAUAUUGGUUGAUGUUAUGGACCAAUUGAUAAGGUACCACUGAUUGUUUCAA